AAUGUAGGUUAUUUUGUAAAUAUGGCAGCUUUGAUGAAGAAAAGAGUUUUAGCAGAGUUUACACAAAGCCAGGUUGUAAAUGAGCCACCAUUAAAAAGGCUAAGAACAUUACGCCUAACAUCUACAGCAGGUAGCAAAAAUGGGACAGAAAGCAGUUCUGCAUUAGCUUACAUAGAGUGCCUUGAAAAAUGUAAAUGUGGCAAUGAUGCUUUACAGCUUCUUGUCCGUAUAUCUGAUACUAUAGCAUAUAUUUCUCCAGAAGAUGUUCCUUCAGUUGUAAAGAAAUUGUCAGAGAGAUUUGCCAUUGAAACAGAAGCAGCAGUUCGUGCUAAAAUACUUUGGAUAUUUGCAGAGUUAGGAGAAGUCACAAAUGAUUCAGUAGAGAAAACAAGAAUUGUCACUGAAACUGCUGAACUUUUAAAAAAUGAGGAAUCACAUAGAGUAAAAAGUCAAGGCUUAGCAACAUUGUUGAAGCUAGGGGAUUAUCAUAGGAGUCUUGCCCUAAAAAUUGCCCGUGAGCAUUUACCAGAUACUUGGCAUGGUGUUCAAACACGUUGCCUGUCUAUUAUUGGCAGAUACUUGACUGCAAAUGCUGCAGAUGACACAUUAGUAUUUGUUGGAAAUUAUGCACGUUCUCAGGAUCCAAGAGUACGUGCUCAAGCAUUUGAAACAAUGGCAGAGCUUCAUUCUCACAGGGGUUGCAGAUUACCAGCCAGUUUCUUUGGAGAAGCUUGUGCUGCACUAAGAGAUGAUUAUGAAAUUGUUCGUCGUGCAGUUCUCAAGUUAAUAUGGCUUUUGGGUAGAGAGUAUCCUGACAAUAUGAUUAUGGGCGCAGAUGGAGAAGAUACACGCAUGGUCGACUGUGCAUUUUCCCAGAUUUGCAGUUUUAUGGGUGAUUUGUCGCCAAGAGUUAGAACUUCGGCAAUGACGCUUCUAGGAUCAAUGAAAGGCGUAACUCAGCGGUACAUAGAACAAGCAUUGGAUAAGAAACAAAAAGUUGUAGAAGCAGAUAGGCCAGAAGUGGAGGAGAAGAGUGGUUCCUGUGGCGCUUUUAUUCAUGGUUUAGAAGAUGAGUUCUUAGAGGUGCGAACAGCAGCAGUUGAAGCACUUUGCACUUUGUCUUUGGAACAACCGACCAUAGCGAGAGUUGCUUUAGAUUUCAUGGUAGACAUGUUUAAUGACGAAAUUCAAGAUGUAAGGCUGAGAGCUAUUGAGUCAUUAAGAAAAAUAUCCGCAAGCGUGACACUUCGUGAGGACCAAUUAGAAACAAUACUAGGUGCACUGGAAGAUUUUUCAGGCGAGGUGCGAGAAGGUUUGCAUGCCACUUUGGCGGCCAGCCGGCUUGCUACAAGAAAUUGUCUUUACAUGUGUGUAAAUCGUCUCCUUGAAAACUUGAGUCGUUAUCCUCAAGACAGAGAGAGCAUUAGAAGCUGUUUAGCUGCGCUGGGAGCCUCGCAUCCGUACCUGACAUUGCCUUUAGUACCUCAACUUCUUGGACGACACCCGUUCUUCGACACACCGGAACCAGACGUGGAUGAACCUUCCUAUGCAAGUGUGUUGGUAUUAAUAUUUAAUGCUGCAUUGCACUGUCCAAGCAUGCAUGCUCUUUUCACAGAGCAUACAUCUAAACAUUACCACUAUUUACGGGACACGAUGCCACAUUUAGUUCCGCGAUUACGUCCAGCUAUAACGAGUAGAUCAGGUUUUGGAAAGGAAGACAAAGUCGAUGAAGAGACUGAGCGUGGGAAGGUAUUUUUAGAGAAAAUAGUAACAGGCGUUGAAAAUGCAAGACCUGACGGCAGAGUUCACACUCAGCUUUUGGAAGCUGCAGCCAUUGAUCUAGAUCGUUUAGCAGAAAUGGAUCAUCGUAUGGAAGGGGCAGCACGGUUCACCGCACUUUACAUACGUUGUUUACUGCUCUUAAAAUCUGUAUUAAGGGAAUUCUCCAUGUCAUCGAAUUCGGUGUCGACUAGUCCAUUACCGAAUACGACUACCAACGUUUCAGUUCUUCUUCAGAAUACUCAGAAGUUACAACGAUUGUUCAGUGGAUUAGGUGAAACAGAUAUGAUGUUGGCCAAUGAUUUGUGGCUGAAGGCAUUGGCAGCAGAAUUGAUUCGAGUCACGAGAAGCGUAACCGGAAGAAGUGCUCUUCCAUUGACUCGAUACUUUCUUUCCGAGGCAGACACGUUACCUCAAGAUACAUCAAAGUUGCCAUCAUUUUCUAGAGCUCUUGUUCUUCAGAUUCCAACCUUAGCCGAUAUAAAACCAGGAUCUCUGACGCGAUUACUGUUACCGUUACUUUUAACACCUGCAUCGCAAGGCGAAGAACGACUACCAAGACCUUCAGUGUCUACACGAUUCUGUAGGGCAGUUAUAGAAGAACCCAGAGGAGAUGCGGAUUCUGCAUUAAAGUUUACCGGAGGUCUCCUACUGGGAAUCCCAUUAACAGCAAAAAUCUUGAAUUUAAAAGAUCCCAGUAUACUACGUGUUAAAGUGAGACAUCCCGAUCAACAAGUGCAGUUAUUGCUGCCACGACAAUCGGAUCUACGAUUGCAGAAUACGGAACAAAAUGAUUAUAGGCUGAAGACCACAGUUUUACUUUCGCAUCAAGUUUGGAUGGAAGCUUGUAACGUAGAAAUAUCCCUUGCUCUCCUUGUUCCAUCAUCGGCUCUUGAUGAUCCAUGUGUUAUUGAUCUUUGUAAACCAACGAAAGUAUCAAUAGCACCAAAACCUGUGAAGAGAGGUAUCUAA